GGCACAUACACACAGGCGACACGACACCCCUGGGAAGGCCGGUGGGGUCCCCGCGGUGCGCCGGUCUCCCGGCCGCCCGGGGGUCACCCUGCCUCGAGGUGGCACCGGGGGGGACACGGGGUCCCGGGGAGCGCACGUGCGGCAGGUGGGUGCGCGUGGGCGGGCGCGUGGCUCCGCCGAGGCUCCGGUGAGCCUCCCGCGGCGGGGACCCCCCUCUCAGCCGGGGCCAUGCUGGGGGGUCCGGAGCGGGGCGCGGGGCGCCUGCGAAUCUGCGAGCGGACCAAGCUGGUGCUGGUGGAGAUCGACACGGUGGCGUGUUGCAGCACGGGCACCGGCAUGGCCGCGGGGUGCCGGCCCGAGCCCCCCUGGACCUACCGCCGCAUCGCCGGGGAGUACGCGUACCUGGAGAAGCGCUUUGUGGCCGAGCUGGCCCCCCCCUGGCCCCCGGUGCCCUCCAACCCUCCCUGUCGCCUGCAGGACUUCACCACCCGGCCCCGGGUGCCCCCCACCCCCUGCCCCCCACGACAGCCUGAGGGGACGGGGGGCAGUGGGCCCUGGGGGGGGCACCCUGUGCCUGCACCUCGGCCCCCGCUGUCGGGGGACAAGCUGGGCCCCCCCACCUACGAGGUGCACAUGCAGCGGGUGCAGGCGGCCCACGCCCGCCGCGGGGGACCCCCCCCGUACAUCUCCCCCCCCGCCUACGACGGCCCCCCACCGCACCCUGCAGCUCCGCCCCCUGCGGGGACCCCGCAGCCCCCCGCCGGCACCUCGGGCCCGGGGGGCUCUGCCGAGCGGCUGGAGCCACACGCUGCCCCGGGCGGCCACCGAGGCCAAGCACCGGUGGCCCCGUGGGAUGCAGCUGUCCCCAGGGGAGCCUGGCACCCCCCGGCACUGCCAGACGCUCCCACGGGCGGCAGCCGGCCGGGAGCGGGUUCCGGGGCGCGGGAGGGGGCGGCGGGGGACGGGGGGACACGUCCUCAUUGACGC